AUGAAGCCGAAGCAGGUGGACGUCUCCAUCCCGCUGCAGCCCCACGCGCCCGGGGCGGCCGCUACCGCCGGCCCCGACGGGCAGCCCCGGGACUACGUGCUCUGAGCGCUUUUCAACGUGCUGCUGGGCUCCGCGCUUGCCUACCUCGGCUGCUGCUGCUUCCCUGCGCUCGUCUACUCUGUCAAGGCCCGCGACUGCAAGGUGCUGGGGGACCUGGAGGGUGCCCGGCAGCAUGGUGCCCGUGCCAAGGUGCUGAACAUCAUCGGCUCUGUUCUCCUGGUCCUCAGCGUGGUGACCAUAAUCGUCAUCUUUUUCUCUGUCUUCACAUUCAGAACUCCCUGAACUGCACACAGCCCACCCACCGACCUGCUUGCUGCCACCCCAGGAUGCUUCUCCUCCCCCCUUGCCCUCUUCCUCCCAAAAUGUCCCCACUUUGGGCACGUCGCACGGGGCAGG